GUCUUGUUGAGAUCUCGAAGCAGCUGCCUCCUUUUCUAUCUCUCUCUCAAACAAUCUGUCACUUUUCCGGCCGUUUGAUCCUUCAGCAACUCAACCAACUAUAAAUACAUUUCACUCAACAGGCAGACGGAAAGGGGGUUCACGAUGGCGUCCGCACAGCAGCUCACACUCCCCGACGGGCGGAUCCUUUCAUACGACCUGUCGGGCCCAGACUCGAAGCCCGUCGUGCUGCUGGCCAAUUCGCUUUCGGCACCGUUCACGCUUUGGGAUCGCGUCGUCAAGGUUCUCCAUGACAACGGCUUCCGCACGUUGCGCUUUGACCAGCCCGGCCACGGCAAGUCGUCAGCGCCAGCGGGCCUCGACACGGAGUUCGAGACGAUCGCCGACGACGUGCACUUCCUCGUCACGUCGCUCCGGGUCGACAGGCUGUUUGCCUGGGUCGGCGUGUCGAUGGGGGCGGCGACGAGCUUCUACUUUGUCACAAAGUACCCGGGCCUCGUGCACAAGGUGGCCAUCUGCGACACCAUCAGCUCGUCGCCCAAGCUCGCCGGGGUCGAGGACGCGUUCGGCCCGCGGGCCAAGGCGGCAGGCGAGGCGGGCGACAUGCGCGAGCAGGUCGAGCAGACGAUGGACCGCUGGUUCGGCGCCGACUGGAUCAAGGCGAACCCGGACGAGGCGGGCCGCGCGCGGGCCAUCAUGAACCAGACGACGGUCGAGGGCUUCCAGACGUGUUGCCACGCGCUGCGGAGCGACAAGUUCGACAUCCGACCGUUGUACGAGAGGGUGGGCUCGGGGGUCGACGAUGCGCUGCUGGUGGUGGGCGAGAAGGACGCGAACCUGCCGCAGGCGAUGAAGGAGAUGCGGGACAAGGUCGAGACGGGGUUCAGGGCGGCGGGCAAGGACAACAAGAUCGAGCUCAAGGUGAUUGCAAAGGCGGGCCACGUUCCGUUUGUCGACAACUUUGAGCAGUUUACAGAGGUGAUCCUGGGGUAUCUCAAGGAUUGAUUUGGUUGAUUGACUGCUUUUGAUUGCAGUCAUAAGUCACCAACCAGAAGAAGAAAAAAAGAAGGAGAAUUUUCAGCCUCUGUAGACUCAUCCUUAUUCCAUCAGGGAGGGGUGUUGGGAGGCUGAAUAUGGUGAAGCUAUUGUAAUCGGCUCCCGCCUCCCCCAACCUCUCUGGUGGCUGUUGAGAGAAAGGGAAACACAGGACAGCCCUGGAGAACAAAGGAGCGGGGAGCUACCUUCGGUGAGACAGCCAAUCAUAGAGAGGAUGCCACUAGCUCUCCGGCCCCGCUCCCUUCACCUUGGGCAGACCGACAAUAACUGAAGCGUUUUUUGGGCUUAGCGGUCUGCUCAGCUCAGCCAAUCCCAGCCUUCUUCUUUUCUUGUUCCGUGGAUUUUCCCCUCUGGGCCAGCAACCCCAAUCCAGUCUUCCAUGUUCCAGCUUUCUCCUCUUCCCUUCACCCCAC